AUGCACUGCCUCAAAAUCAUUUCCCCAGAUCAACCACACAGGUACUUAGCCCUUGCCAAGUGCCUCUGCCCCCAUUGCUCAGGUGACUUAAACCUGAUUUUGUAUGAACAUUUCGCAGAUGCCUGGAAAAGCCGAUGGGUAGAAUCCAAACACAAGUCAGACUAUGGAAAGUUUGUUCUCACUGCUGGGAAAUUCUAUGGAGAUGUAGAGAAAGACAAAGGUGAGAAGAGAUCAAAGAUGCCUCUGUCAUUUGUCCAUUUAGCAUCCAGCAAUAUAAUCUAGUGCAUCUAGCAGUUUCUCAAUAGGUUGACACUUGAUAUGAGUUGCCCUUGGGUUGACCUGAGUAUUUCUUGUACGUUUUAACCAUUUCAGGCCUUCAAACCAGCCAGGAUGCUCGCUUUUACUCUGCAUCCUCCCGCUUUGAGUCUGUCAGCAACAAAGACCAGCCACUGGUAAUCCAGUUUACUGUGAAACAUGAACAGAACAUUGACUGUGGUGGAGGCUAUAUCAAGCUUUUCCCAGCUGAUCUCAACCAGGAGGAAAUGCAUGGAGAUUCCACAUACAACAUCAUGUUUGGUGAGUAUCUACAUUAUCCUAUUUGUAACUGAAAACAUUGGAGAGUAGCAUACAUAUGUUAUGGUGGGAUGGACCACUUGUCACAUUCCAUUCUAUUUUGAGAGUCCUCUAGGUAUUAUUCCCAGUGUUGGACUCACUGUCUCUGUCUACUUUACACCACAUACUAUUGGCUGUGUGAAGUUACAUUCCUGUGGUUGUGUUUUGUCUGUCUUAGGUCCUGACAUCUGUGGUCCAGGUACUAAGAAAGUUCAUGUGAUCUUCAACUACAGAGGCAAGAAUCACUUGAUCAACAAAGACAUAAGAUGCAAGGUGAGAAGCACUUUUGUACUUAAGCAAUUCUGCUAUAUUUUCUGGUCAAUGCUAACAGUUGUAUUUGUCAUCUAUGAGCUUCACCAUCUGUGUUAUCUAUAGUGAAAAUUUUUGCUGUCCCACCUUUUUCUCAGUAAUAUGUUUUAAUAGUAUUGGACUUAAAGAAGAUAAAUUAUUACUUUGUGUUUAAAUGAAUGCAGUAACUUGUUUUGUGUGUUCCCUAGGACGACGAAUAUACCCACCUGUACACACUGAUAGUCAAUCCGGAUAACACCUACGAGGUGAAGCUCGACAACAAGAAAGUGGAGUCUGGAAGCCUAGAGGAGGACUGGGACUUCCUUCCCCCCAAGAAGAUCAAGGACCCUGAUGCUGAGAAGCCAGAUGACUGGGAUGAGAAGGAGAACAUUGAUGAUCCUGAAGACAUUAAACCAGAGGUAUAUUUAGAAGACACUCUAAAGAAUGCAUCAGAACACAAUUUAGUUUUCUGUAGAAAAUGCAGGUGGCUCCGUGCAAAGGAUAUUAUUAAGCUGCUGUUUCCUUUAGGACUGGGAUGUGGCUGAGAACAUCCCUGACCCUGAUGCCAAGAAGCCUGAUGACUGGGACGAUGAGAUGGAUGGUGAAUGGGAGCCUCCCAUGGUCACGAACCCUGACUAUAAGGUAGGCCUCCAUGGUCGUUUGUACUCAUGGCCACAAGGAUUAGGUGUAAAUGUACUACACUAGGCGAGAUGUGCUCUUGCCAUUUUGACUAAAUUGUUUCUAUUUACUUGGAUACAUAGUGGGAAAAAAUGUGUUUGCAUUGGGAACUAACCACUUUCUGACCUUGUUGUUCCCAGGGGGAGUGGAAGCCCAAACAGAUAGACAAUCCUGCCUACAAGGGGAAAUGGGUGCACCCUGAAAUUGACAACCCUGACUACACUGCUGACCCUGAAAUCUACCAAUAUGCCAGCAUAGGGGUGAUUGGAUUAGAUUUGUGGCAGGUAGAGUGACUGACUCUGAUCCUUGAUUAAUGUUCGAUGCUGUGUAAUGGUUAACUUUUACUAUUCUUUUGACUGUUUUGAGAAUGAAAAGUGAAUGUUUCUUUCCAUUAUUUAAAUCUUAAUCAAUGACCUUUUCAUUAUUUUACAGGUGAAGUCAGGCACUAUUUUUGACAAUUUCCUCAUCACCAAUGACCCAAAGCUUGCAGAAGAAGUGGGAAACGAGACAUGGGGUGCAACAAAGGUUAGUCGAUGGUCUCUUUUUAGUGAUUUACCACCAAAACUUUACCAGUUAUGUUUAGAUUGAGUUGCCAUAUAGAUGCCCUCUCUAAAAGGUGAUGUGUGCAGUGUCUCCUACCCUGUCAAUAACUGGGCUUGUUUUCGGUCUACACAGGACCCUGAAAAGAAGAUGAAGGACAGUCAGGAAGAGGAGGAGAGAAAGAAACGUGAGGCAGAAGAGACAAAUAAAAAGGAGGCAAAGGAGGAUGAAGAUGAAGAUGAAGAGGACGAGGAGAGAGAAGAGGAAGAAACAGACUCUAAACACAAAGAUGAGUUAUAAACUCAAACAGGA